CACGAGUUGAAAAGUUGCACCCCAAUAUUCUAUUAUAUCUUUCACUUGUUUGUUGUUUGAGAAAUAGUAAUAAUAGAAUAAAUAAAUAUAAUGAAUGAAACAUGUUGACAUAUUCUACUCUUUCUUAAGCUACACUUUCACCACUUUUAUGCGAGAAUUUUUUUUUUGUUACAAAGUCAUGUUCUAAUUUCUAUUUCAUUCCGUUGAGACAUGAUUUAAUUUGGAAUAGAAGUGACAUCCUUUUAUGUUCACAUGAUAAUUCAAUCAUUAGGCAUUUAUUUACCUCAAUUACUACUAUCUUAUGAGCUCCAUUGAGAAGCUCAGGUAUGCAUUGGAACAAGGCCCCUCAGAGUCAGCUCUUAUGCUUUGGUGAAAAUCCCAACAGUUCUGUUGUCUUUGAACACAAAUCCUACCCUGCUGCCAUGCACAAGGAUAUUGUUCCCCAACAAGCAGCGGGAUUCCAAUAUUACACGACUCGAGCUGUCCCCACUCAAACAAACGUAACUGCACUUCAUGCUGCACUUUCUUCUAAUGGCCCUGUUGUUGGGACAACUGAUAUAAGGAACGCUUCCAAGGGGCCUUCUCAGUUGACUAUCUUCUAUAAUGGUGCCGUUUGCGUUUAUGACAACAUUACCCCAGAAAAGGCUCAGGCGAUUAUGUUAUUGGCUGGCAACGGGCCGACUAGGCCUUCUGCUCUUGAUGGCUUACUCGUGAUGAAUUCGAGCCCGGCUGCUACAGCUCCUGUUAGCAUUCCGCACGGUUUACCAGUUGCCACGAGUGCUUUAAAUUUAAACAAAGGGGCUCUAAUUGUAAUGUCUUCUCAAAAAGUCGACCCUCCGCCCAUCUCUGCAACUGUGCCUCAGUUUAGGAAAAAGUCUCUCGCUCGAUUUUUGGAGAAGCGUAAGGAGAGGGUGAUUAAUGCAUCUCCAUAUGAAAAUAAGGAAUUGCACAAUGGUAAGAGCACCCCAGGAGUCGGUAGCACAAUCUUGUCCCCGAAAUCUUCAAGCUCGUAUCAUGUUUCGACCGUGAACUGAAGGAGGGAAAUAGGUGCUAAUUUUAAAUAUAUAUAUAUAUAAGCCGCGCGACUGCAAUAUGAGUUCUAUCUAUAAUCCUGUAUUCGUUGAACAUAGCCGAUAUUUGUUGUAAUUGUGAAUGUACCACUAAGUAUUUGCAAGGCCAACAGUUUUCAGAAUUACAUUAAUGUAUAAAGUUUUCAAUUUCUUUGUAUGAUAUGUAGUAGUGAAAUUUCUUGUUUCUAGCACUGUGUAACCUCAUCAAUUUCAAACAAAUGUCAUGAAUGCAUACUUCUUAUGCUUCUUUUUGUCAUUCUUGGAGUAAUUAAACCAGCAAACCGGCCAUAUAGUAAGGGGCACAAUAGUGCAGAGCUUCUUCAUCAAUCAAUC